CCCCAAAGCAGUUGGAAUUGGAAUCCCAGGCGGAUCCAAUUCUGCCAAUUGCAAGCACCGUCGGCCCUGGCGUCAUCGCCCAAUUACCUCUCCCUCUCCUCCCCACGCCGGCCGGAGAAACCCCCCACCCAGCACCAGUUCCCAACUCCUCCCCCCACACACUCUAUCCUCCUCGCCGCCUGGGGCACAGUCACAGAGUAUUUCCCCCCCAUUCUCCAUGCAUCGCACGAGUGUCUCCUAUAAAACCCCGCGCAACCCCCCCGCUCCGACGGCACGCACGGACGACGCACCGCACACUACCCGGCGGUGGAACUCCUCGCCCGCGUCGCUGCUCCGGUCUCCGCGCUGCUAGCCGCCGACUGUAAUAACUGUGUGCUUCUGAAGGGAGAUUUCGUUGAACAGGAUGAAUGCAUUGGCAGCAACCAGCAGGAACUUCAAGCAGGCAGCUAAGCUGCUGGGCCUCGACUCCAAGCUGGAGAAGAGCUUGCUCAUUCCAUUCAGGGAGAUCAAGGUUGAAUGCACAAUCCCAAAAGAUGAUGGAACUUUGGCAUCCUAUGUUGGAUUUAGGGUUCAACAUGAUAAUGCUAGGGGACCUAUGAAGGGUGGAAUCAGAUACCACCAUGAGGUUGAUCCUGAUGAAGUUAAUGCCUUGGCACAAUUGAUGACUUGGAAAACAGCAGUAGCUAACAUACCAUAUGGAGGAGCCAAAGGUGGAAUUGGAUGUAGCCCUGGAGACCUGAGCAUCUCUGAGCUUGAGAGGCUUACCCGAGUUUUUACUCAGAAAAUCCAUGACUUGAUUGGCAUCCAUACUGACGUUCCAGCUCCAGAUAUGGGCACCAACUCACAGACAAUGGCAUGGAUACUUGACGAAUACUCAAAGUUCCAUGGUUACUCACCUGCUGUUGUGACAGGAAAGCCUGUGGACCUCGGAGGAUCAUUGGGAAGAGACGCCGCUACUGGAAGGGGAGUUCUGUUUGCUACUGAAGCUUUGCUUGCAGAGCAUGGCAAAGGCAUUGCAGGCCAGCGUUUCGUCAUACAGGGAUUCGGUAACGUUGGUUCCUGGGCAGCUCAGCUGAUAAGUGAAGCCGGUGGCAAGGUGAUUGCUAUCAGUGACGUCACAGGCGCCGUCAAAAACGUCGAUGGCCUCGACAUCGUGCAGCUAGUGAAGCACUCGGCGGAGAACAAGGGGAUCAAGGGCUUCAAGGGGGGAGACGCCAUCGCUCCAGACUCGUUGCUCACUGAAGAGUGCGACGUCCUCAUCCCAGCAGCGCUUGGGGGAGUCAUAAACAAGGAUAAUGCUAACGACAUAAAGGCAAAGUACAUCAUCGAGGCUGCCAAUCACCCCACAGAUCCAGAGGCAGACGAGAUCCUGUCAAAGAAAGGCGUCCUCAUCCUCCCCGACAUACUGGCCAACUCUGGUGGCGUCACAGUGAGCUACUUCGAGUGGGUACAAAACAUCCAGGGGUUCAUGUGGGACGAAGAGAAGGUAAACGCGGAGCUGCGGACGUACAUGACGCGCGCCUUCGGGGACGUGAAGCAGAUGUGCCGGAGCCACAGCUGCGACCUCCGCAUGGGCGCCUUCACGCUUGGCGUCAACCGCGUCGCGCGCGCCACCGUCCUCAGGGGAUGGGAAGCAUGACCUCCCUCCGUGUCGUCCGUGUGCCCCUCCCUGUUGUAUCCUCUUGGUCUUGGGCCCUUGUUUUUCUUUGGUUAAUUAUUGUCGAGAUCAACGGAGAUCCGAGAAAAACGGGCUCAGUUAAUAAUUCCAAGAAGUGCGUCUUCUUGGAGAUAAAAUAGCGGAAGGAGAGUUAUAAUAAGUCUGUAACUGUAACCCAUAGCUGAGAUGCUGUCUGCAAGCAGCAAUGCCAAUGCCAAUGCCAUCUGGUUUU